AUGAGAGGCUUCAUCGGUGCUGUGGCCGGCCUUGCUGCUGUUGCCAGUGCCACUCCUUCUCUCUCCAUCGAGACCAUUCACGACGGCGCCGCGCCCAUCAUCUCCUCCACCAACGCUGAGGCUGUCCCGAACUCAUACAUUGUCAAGUUCAAGAAGCACGUCUCGGAGACUGGUGCUGAGGACCACCACAGCUGGGUCCAGCAGCUGCACUCCUCCUCCCAGGACGAGCGUCUUGAGCUGCGCAAGCGUGGCCAGGAGCCGUUGGUUGAGGAUAUCUUCCACGGCCUGAAGCACACCUACAAGAUUGGCAAGGACUUUCUGGGCUACGCCGGUCAUUUCGAUGAGGCCACUAUCGAGAAGGUCCGGAGGCACCCUGACACGAUGUCCCAAACAUAUGGCCCACAACCCGACUCCGACAGUGCGGCAAGGCUGGCUUUGGCUCUCCUCGACGCCGUCGGACUCGGAUUGGUCGAGUUCAUCGAGGUCGACUCCGUUGUCCACACACAGGUUCCCGUCAAGUCCCAGGUUGAGGACAAGUGUGACGGCGAGCUCGAGAAGCUGGCUCCUUGGGGUCUGGCCCGUGUCUCCCACCGCAAGUCCCUGGGCUUCGGUACCUACGACAAGUACCUGUACGCCGAGGAUGCCGGUGAAGGUGUUGACGCCUACGUGAUCGACACCGGCACCAACGUUGACCACGUUGAUUUCGAGGGCCGUGCCAAGUGGGGCAAGACCAUCCCUUCUGGUGACCAGGACGCUGACGGCAACGGUCACGGCACUCACUGCUCUGGCACCAUUGCUGGUAAGAAGUACGGUGUCGCCAAGAAGGCCAACGUCUACGCUGUCAAGGUCCUCCGCUCCAACGGCUCCGGCACCAUGUCCGACGUCGUCAAGGGUGUCGAGUGGGCUGCGACCUCGCACACCGAGCAGGUCAAGGCUGCCAAGGACGGCAAGCGCAAGGGCUUCAAGGGCUCCGUCGCCAACAUGUCUCUUGGUGGAGGCAAGACUCAGGCUCUUGAUGCUGUCGUAAACGCCGCAGUCGAUGCUGGUAUUCACUUCGCCGUCGCUGCCGGCAAUGACAACGCCGAUGCCUGCAACUACUCCCCCGCUGCUGCCGAGAAGGCCGUUACCGUCGGUGCCACUGAGCUCGGCGACCGCCGCUCUUACUUCUCCAACUACGGCAAGUGCACUGACAUUUUUGCUCCCGGAACCAACAUCAAGUCCACCUGGAUCGGCAGCAAGUACGCAGUCAACACCAUCUCCGGCACUUCCAUGGCCUCCCCCCACAUCUGCGGUCUUCUGGCCUACUACCUUUCUCUCCAGCCCGCCUCUGACUCCGAGUACUCUGUUGCUCCUAUCACCCCCGAGAAGCUCAAGAAGGCCCUCAUCUCUGUCGGCACCGUUGGUGCUCUCAGCGACAUCCCCAGAGACACCCCCAACGUCCUCGCCUGGAACGGCGGUGGCUGCAACAAUUACACUGCCAUUGUUGAGGCUGGCAGCUACACUGUUAAGCAGGAGGCCAAGGAGUCCACCAUUGACGACCUCGAGAAGGCCAUUGAGGAGGACUUCGAGGUUCUCUCUGGCAAGGUUGUCAAGGGUGCCAAGAACGUUGGCUCCAAGGCUGAGAAGCUUGCCAAGAAGAUCCACAACCUCGUCGACGAGGAGCUGAAGGAGUUCCUCAGGGAGACCGCCUUGUAA